AUGAGGACCUUCAUGCUGUCGACUCUUCUCAGCAUCUUCGCAGCCAUCGGCGCGGUGUUGUCUGCACCUCUUGUGGACACGGCACUUUCAUCUCGUGCAACACCUGCAGCCCCUUACUUCGUCAUUUACAGCGACGAGUAUGUCACCGGUGAGACUGGUCCUCCUGCAGUCAGCGAAAUCACUGGGUAUAACGUUUUUGCCCUUUCAUUCUGGCUUACCUCCGGCCCAGUUGAUCAAGCUGCAGAGUGGGUUGACAUUGACGAUGCCACACGAGCAUCUUACGUGACAUCAUACCACGAUGCCGGAGUUUCUCUUAUUGUAUCCGCUUUCGGGUCCACGGAUGCGCCUACGACUGACGGAUAUGAUCCUACGACCGUAGCCAACGAUCUCGCGGCCUUUGUCAUAGGAUAUGAUCUUGACGGCGUUGAUAUCGAUUACGAAGAUUUUGCCGCCAUGAACGCUCAAAAUGGAUCCGCAGAAGAUUGGUUGACCACUUUCACCCAAGUCCUUCGUGAUGCACUUCCAGAAGGCAUGUUUACUGGUCAAUACAUUUUAACCCACGCACCUGUUGCUCCAUGGUUCUCCGACUUGUACGCCAGUGGUGCUUAUUUGGCGGUCAACAUGAAUGUUGGAUCGUUGAUUGAUUGGUUCUACAAUCAGGGCACAACUGAGUACACGACGUGUACUGGCCUCCUCACAGAAUCGUCAACGACGUGGCCAAAUACUUCACUCUUCCAGAUUGCGGCUGCAGGAGUAUCUUUAGACAAGUUGGUAAUCGGCAAGCCAGCCACAACUUCGGAUGCGACCAAUGGCUAUAUGAACACCACCCUACUCGCCGAAUGUGUGGAAAUGGCCUAUGAACAAGGAUGGGAUGCUGGUGUUAUGGUGUGGGAGUUCCCCGACGCCGCAGCAUCCUGGAUUGAAGCUGUACGGUCGCUCGCAUUCCCAGAAUAA